UGCCCACGGUUUUCGUACCUGACUGCUGCAACAACAGCGGGGCAAAUCUUUGGUGGUCCCACGUCCUGGCACGCUCAACAUCACCAACUUUUUCACAUUGCAUCACCACAGCCAACGACCCGGAUCCAGGGGAGUUACCUUGAAAAAAGAGGCGCUCAACACACGUAGAGCUACAUGGCAUAAUAGGUGACUUAUCUACCGACUUGGCAGGCAUGACCGAAAAUGGCAGAAUGGCCGGCACCGUCCGGUCCGUCCAGCUGGACAUGGAGCCCGCCUGCAUCGGGUUCUGCCCAGAAACGCCAGAGUAUUUUGUCAUGGGCUCCUGGCAUCUCGUUGAGGACAAGCCGGAGUCAUGCAGUCACACGGGUGACGCUCCGCAACCCACCAAAAAGCAGAAGCACGAGGGCAGCAUUGACGUCUACCGGCUGAUAGGGGAUGAAAUCACAAAGAUACAAACCGAGGCCCACCCGACAUGCGCCAUCUGGGACCUCGAAUUCCAGCCGCACGCCGGGCGCCGCGACGUCUUCGCCGCGGGCACCAGCGCCGGCACGGUCCUCGUCUACCGGGUCGCGGCCGCCGACUCCCCAACUGCGCCCCUGAAGCAGCUGCUGACGAUCGGGCCCAUCUCGGCCGACGACGAGGUCAUGAUCACAAAGUGCUGCUGGCACCCGACCGUCCUCGGCCUGCUCGCCUUCUCCACCCUGGCGGGCGACGUGCACCUAGCCCGCCUGCGGGAAACCGACGACGGCGGCUUCGCGGUCGCGGCCAUGACGCGCACCGCCCUGCUAACCCACACAGAGCCCGCGUGGACGGUCGCGUUCGGCCCGGCAACACCUGCGCUCGUCGUCUACUCGGGCGGCGACGACUCGGCGCUGCGCUACGUGGCCUGCGCGCCCAAGGAGGACGACGACGACGACGGUCCGUUUGCGAACGUCUGCGACGCGGUGGCCAUGCAGCGCGGGCCGCACGAGGCGGGCGUGGUGGCGAUCCUGCCGCUGGGCGUCAAGUUGAGUUCGGGGCACGACGUCGUGGUCACGGGCAGCUACGACGACAGGGUGCGCGUGCUCGCCGUGCUGCCGCCGCAGCUGGCGUGCGGGGCGCCGCAGUACAGGGUGCUGGCCGAGGCGCACGUGGGCGGCGGCGCGUGGCGGCUGAGGCUGGUGAGCUUUGCCGUUUCGGAAGCCGACAACAACGGAACCAACAACGGAACCAGGGCGUGGAGGGUCAGGCUCCUGGCGCCGUGCAUGAGCGCGGGGUCUAGGGCGCUGGAGGUCAGAGGGGUGGACGGGCUGGGGGGCUGGGAGGUGGAGGUGCUGGGGGGCUGGGUCGAGGCCGGCGAGGGCGACAGGAUGCUUAACUACGGCGCCGAUUUCCAGCCGGGCGCGGGCACGGCGGGCGGCGAGGACGGGCCGCUCACGUGCGUGUCGACCAGCUUCUACAGCAAGAUGCUCUACCUGUGGAGGUUCUGAGGGAGAUCCAGAUCGUGUUGCAGUAGCAGCAGCAGCCAAGAUGGACAAGGUCAAAACAACAUGAGAGAUUUGAUUGAUAUGAUAAACCCAGCGACGCGGGGGUGUGGGUGGGGCCUCGGUCCCGCGCCCAAGGAAGCUCCUCCCCAGAUUGAGCGUCUUUUGCGCACCAGUCGCCGACCUCGGCCUCCAGCCUGUGUCAGGGAUUGCUAUUUGGGAAUGGGAAGGGGGUUUACCAAGAGCCGACUGUGUCGUAUCGAAUUGAACUUCUCCGAUGAAUUGGCACCUACGGCAGCUCGGGCUUAGCUAACUGCCCGUUGAAAGCGCAUCUCGGUUCGGCCGAAACACUCGUGCUCUCCAUUCGCGGCAUUUUUCCUUAUCAUCGUGUUGGGGCGGAUUGGCUACCUGGCCCUCAGCGCAUUUCCGGGGUAUUAUACCCCUGUCCCGCCCGGCCCGACCACUAAAGCCCCAACCCGCCGGAGCUUCAACUGGCCAGAGCCCGACCGAGGUGCAGCUGGAAAAAAAAGCGACGACAGAAUAAAAAAUCGCAUCGCGGCCAACGAAAGCAAGCGCCCACCAAAGCCUGCCCGCCACC